AUGGUCCUGGUCCACGUCGGCUACCUCGUGCUCCCCGUGUUCGGCUCUGUGCGCAACAGAGGUGCCCCCUUUCAAAGGUCUCAGCACCCUCACGCUACCUCCUGCCGCCACUUCCACCUGGGCCCCCCGCAGCCACAGCAGCUCUCGCCCGACUUCCCCCUGGCUCACCCCGUGCAGUCGCAGCCGGGCCUCAGCGCCCACAUGGCCCCGGCCCACCAGCACAGUGGUGCCCUGCACCAGCCGCUGACCCCGCUGCCUGCCCUGCAGUUCCAGGACGUCACAGGUCCCUCCUUCCUACCUCAGGCCCUGCACCAGCAAUACCUCCUGCAGCAGCAGCUCCUGGAAGCCCAGCACCGCAGGCUCGUCUCACACCCCCGGCGGAGUCAGGAGCGAGCGUCUGUCCAUCCCCACCGACUCCAGCCCAGCUUCGACUUCAGCCACCAGCUGCAGACGCCUCAGGCCAGGUAUUUGGCUGAGGGCACUGACUGGGAUCUCAGCGUGGACACUGGCUUGAGUGCUGCUCAGUUCCAGGUGCGGCCCCUCCCUCAGCACUAUCAGCAUUACCUAGCGACUCCCCGGAUGCACCACUUCCCCCGAAAUUCCUCCUCCACGCAGAUGGUGGUCCAUGAAAUCCGCAACUACCCUUACCCCCAGCUUCACUUCCUUGCCCUCCAGGGAUUAAACCCCAGCAGACACACUUCCGCUGUACGGGAGAGCUAUGAGGAGUUGCUACAACUAGAAGACAGGUUGGGAAAUGUAACUAGAGGAGCUGUACAGAAUACCAUUGAGAGAUUUACCUUCCCACACAAGUACAAGAAGAGAAGACCCCAGGACAACAAAGGGAAAAAGGAGGAGGGGGAAGAGUCAGACACAGAUGAAAAAUGCACAAUCUGCCUAUCUAUGCUGGAAGAUGGAGAAGAUGUGAGGCGUCUCCCCUGCAUGCAUCUCUUCCAUCAACUAUGUGUGGACCAGUGGCUGGCCAUGAGCAAAAAAUGCCCCAUCUGCCGAGUGGACAUUGAGACACAACUGGGAGCUGACAGCUGAGGGAAGAAUUAGCCAGUGGACACCCCAUUUUCCUUCACCAGGUCCCCCCACGGCCAUAGCCCUUGCAGCCAAACUUUGCCUUCUGAGCCAUUUGAUGUAGAGGAUGCGCCUGCAAGCACAUUUUGUGGAAAGAGUUGGUGGAGUCAGUGUCGAAGGGGAAGGUGGGGUGGGGCAGGAGGCGCCCACCCAGAGUGGUGACUGUCCCCAUCCCCUCACUACGCGGAAGGGAGGGAGCUGGCCGUGCCCAGAGCGGGGGGUGGGUGGAAAGGGGGGCUCCCUGCUGCUGAGAAUCUAGGUGUGAUCCUACAAGACCUAGUUGUUUAGUACGGCCCCUCAAUCCUGUCCUUCAAAGGAUUGUAUAUAUACCUCUCGACCACGUAGAAACCAUGUAGGGGUCUCUAGCUAUUUCUGUGGAUGGCAGCCAGAGCAUGUUAGCUUAAGAAAAAUGUCGUGUGUGGUGCUCUAGUCAUCUUGUGGUGGACAUGUCACUAUUACAAACCCGCACCAAAUAUUUCUCAUGAGUUUCUUGUUUUGGUGCCUGACUGAACCAACAACAGCCCAAAUCUUCCCGUCUUUCUGAGUGGAAAGGGACACG